CCCGUGGGGAUGGGAAGGGGAACGGAUGACAAGCUAGAACGUGUCGUGACACGUGGACCAAUGACGCGAGAGCACGCCCUUCCCUGUCGAGGUUCUUGUGGCGGGUAAUGCGAUCGAGGGGAUGACAGAAGCAGCAGCAGCAGCAGCAGCGCCGCCGCCGCCGAACCGCCGGGAAGGAGAUGGGGGAUGAUCUCUACGCCUUGGACUUCGACGGCGUUCUCUGCGACAGCUGCGGCGAGAGCUCCCUCUCCGCCGUCAAGGCCGCGAAGGCGAGAUGGCCGGGGCUCUUCGACGGCGUCGAUCCCGCCACCGAGGAUUGGAUUGUCGACCAGAUGCACAUCGUGAGACCUGUCGUGGAGACCGGAUAUGAAAAUGUCCUGCUCGUGAGAUUGCUGUUGGAGAUGAGAGUGAGCUCUAUUCGCAAGUCCUCGGUUGCAGAGGGACUCGCCAUAGAUGGGAUUCUGGAGAACUGGUCAAAGAUCAAACCUGUCAUUUUGGAAGAGUGGGGCGAGAACAGGGAAAUACUGGUAGACCUUUUUGGAAAGGUCAGAGAUGAAUGGAUGGAUAAGGACUUGGGAACUUGGAUUGCUGCAAACAGAUUUUACCCAGGAGUUCCUGAUGCUCUUCAAUUAGCGAGCUCAAGUAUAUUUGUUGUUACAACGAAACAGAGUCGAUUUGCAGAUGCUUUGCUGCAGAAACUUGGGGGGGUAACUAUACCCUCUGAAAAAAUAUAUGGUUUGGGGACUGGACCCAAGGUGGAAGUGCUGAAGCAGCUUCAGAAGAGACCAGAACACCAGGGGUUAAAAUUACACUUUGUGGAAGAUCGACUUGCAACCCUUAAGAAUGUCAUUAAAGAGCCUGAGCUAGAUGGAUGGAAUCUAUAUCUCGGGGAUUGGGGUUAUAACACAAAGAAGGAGCGGGAGGAAGCAGCUAGCAUUUCCAGGAUUGAGAUUCUUCAGCUCUCUGACUUCACUAAGAAGUUGAAGUAACCAAAUUCGCCUUUCUUUCUGUAUUUUUUCACUAGCUGAUUAUCAGCCAUGUAUCUCCAGUAAGUGGUGCAGAUGAGAUGCUGCUUCAACUUGCAACGGGUCGUCUGGCCUGAAAAACAAAGAAAAGAAAAUGAUUGGUUAAGAUUGUUUUCUUGAAAUACUUCCUGCUGAGAUAGCCAGUAGCCACGCAUAUAGGAAAACAAGAUCAAAAACAUGUGUAUAACCUACUGGAAGUUAUUAGUGUUGGACCAAAUUGGUCGUAUGGAUCUAUCCUUGCUUAUUA